CACAUGAUAUCGAUCUCAAGUUCAGGAUCUCAAGUAAACGUCCUAAUUGAGUGAACUAUAAACCGAACGAAUCAACGUUUCGUUCCUGCUUUAAAAAAAUAUUUCGGUUUAGGGCUUCAAACAUAUUAAAAAUUGUUCAAUUCUUUACUAAAAUGUUAAAAUUAUUAUAAUUCAAACGUAGGUUAUUUAAAUUUAUUAUAAAAACGGUCAUUUAACGUUUUAAAAAUAAUUUGUUAUGAUUUCAAAACGCAAUGUGUAGUGAAAACAAAACGCAACAAACAUCAUUCUCAAAAAAAAAAGACGCGUCCUUCGCAACCACUUGUUUUGUUUUUGUAUAGUUUAGACUUUAGUUAUCAAUAAUAAACGUAAAGUAAUUACUGUCCAUAACGAUGUCAACAAUUAAGAAGCAUAUUUUUACUCCCCUCGAGAAGAAAACUUUUUUGGAUAUAUUGAAAAGAUACUCCUCGGUGAUAGAGAAUAAGGAUACCGAUGGCGCUUCAUUACGCGCAAAAAAUGAAGCUUGGGAUAUUGUAACCAGAGAAUACAACGCAAGCCCUCAUGCUACCAAUCAGGUUACAAAUAAACAACUUAGGAGAUUGUGGAUGAACCUCAAGCAGCGGCAAAGGGAAGCACUGACAAAAGAACGUCAACAUCGGCUAGCUACUGGAGGAGGGCCUGCAACCAGUGAUGCAGUUGUAGACCCAGAUGUGUCUGAGGUGGCCCCUGCUCUAAUAGUUGGUAUCGAUGAUGCUGUUGACUCUGAUACAAUUCCAGUAACCGCUGACCUUGCCGUCCAAGAAGUAAAUAUGGACUUGCAGCCCGUCUCUUGUCUUCCCCCAACUUCUUCCCAAAUACCAUCCACCAGUGCAUUUUCUUCAUCACCAUUCCCAUGCGCUGUUGUUACACAAGCACCACUUGCCCUUGCCCCAACCCGGACAACAUUGACACCACCUCCACCUGGAGUAGGUCCACUACUGUCUCUCACUACAACCACUCCACCACCAGCUCUCCCUACAACCACUCCACCACCACCUCUCCCUACAUCCACUCCACCACCACCACCUCUUACUGCUUCCACUCCACCACCACCUCUUCCUACAUCCACUCCACCACCACGUCUUCCUACCCCACCUCCACGUUUUCCUACUCCACCUCUUAUUAACCCAUCAAAUACAGCUACCCAAACUUUUCAAAGGCAUAAAAGUUCUAUUCUGGAUAAGGAAUAUAAAGACAGACAGAGACGGGCUAAUGAGAUUCAUGAGUUGGAGGUUUUAUUGUUAAGAGAAAGAAUAAGAGAAGCAAAGGCGAGAGCAGACCUCGCAGAACUUCAACUGCAGCAGCAGUGUUCGUCAGGUACAUCAGUAUUAUCUACUUGCUCAUCAUACUAUUUUAAAAACUAGUAUAGCUUUGUUAAGUCCUGGGAUAAUUAAUAACACUUUUCAUCUAAUUUGUUUCAGAUACUGCAA